AUGCCCAGAGAAUCCUUCCUGAUCUGUGGCUUUGUUGUCCUUCUCCUUCUCCUGGUCGUUGACCUCCAAGGCACAGGCAGACUCUAUGAUGACUACCAAGAAAAAGAGAGCGGGGCGGAAAUGGAACAGAUGUGCUCUCGCAAUGGAUUUGAUCUGACCAUGAAAUCCUACAACUUAAGCCACGAGGAACGAAGCCAUUCAUCUGCUGGCAGUAGCUAUCGUGAUUUCAACCAGAAAAACAACUGGAUCUGUGCACUCCCCGCGAGCAAUCCUACACCAACCUACAGUCCUCACCUCUUUUCUUGCAAGCUCACCUUCCACGCCAUCCCCGAGGAAGAUCACCAAGCCCCCGCCAAGUGCACUAAGAACAACGAGAAGGUUGUGCACGGGAAAGGCAUUCCCGAGACUUUGCAAGAGUAUGUUUCCAAUUGGCCUGACAGUUGUGUUCGAGACUUCCAACGAUGUUAUUCUGUCCACAAAGAAAAGUAUAUCAUUGCUGGAUUGUUUUGUCGCAAACGCUGGUCAAUUCCCGAUGGUGUUUCUCACAUUUCAGUGGAUUGCUCCAUCAAAAAGGAAGCAACGCUUCGGCGAAUCAAGGAAAUCCAGACAAACAGCGAAGUGGAAAGGCGGAAGCAAACAAAGCAGGCAACACGAGAACAAGUGAGCAAGACUACAAACGACCAGAUCAGCGGCUUGGCUUCCCAAAACAAGCAACUUCGUCAAGUGACAAUCGUCUUGGUUGCGUUCGGAGGAGCUCUUCUUUGUUUGUGUGUCUGUUGCAUUGUGUUGAUUUGUCCUCAGUGUCACCUUGUCCAGGAGAAUACUAUCCAUCAACCCGUAGGAGAGGAUCCACAGGGAGCCACCACCAGCCAGCUUCCUACAGAUGAACGAGUGCUUGUGGCUAUCUCAGCCUAG